AUGCUCUCAGUGUCCGUGAGCAUGACGAUCAAUGUAGUCCCCCUGUUCAAGGACGUCGACAUGGAGAAGCAGGGGGGGAAACUCAUGAAGGUCAUCGGUGUGGCCGUGACGAUGCUCGACAAGAUGGACGAGUUCAAGCCUAUGCUGGUCAAGCUCGGAAAAAGGGCAUGGUGGUGCCUCGAUUACAUCCUGACGCGACAAUCACACCGCGGCCGAGUGUCCAACAUGGAGGUUGUACCUCAGCCAGUGCGCCCAGUCAGAGCGGACUCAGACCACAACAUCGUAGUAGCCACCGUCGACCUCGGUGGCCGGCUGGCCCACAACCGACCUAUCCGGACAAACCCCAAACGGCGGCAGUUCAACCGACAGGAUCUGCAGGUCGAGGCAGCGCGAUGGGCGGUGUCCCAACGGUUUCUCUGCAACUUGCUCGCGAGGUCGGGCGCGCCGGCGACCACCACGCAGGAAAUGGCGAAGGAGUUCACGGAGGCCCUGCUUGGGUCGGCGGAGGAGGUGUCUGAGGAACCCCGGAGGCGGCGCACCCCGGAAUGGAACAUGACCGCCGCGGCACGGGCAGCCCUGGCGACCGCCCUUGACAAGCGACGGUCGGCGCGGCAUGCCUUCAAGGCCAGACCGAACGCAGCAACGUGGAGGAUCCUCAAAGCAACGUGCAAGGGGGUGAAGGCAACAAUCGCAACGAGCGUCUACGACCAACUGGAAGGGUAUCCUCGUAAGACGCUGGUCGCGAAGGUCCACGUGACCUACGGAGUGACGGACAACAUGUACCCCUCAGUGGUGUCGGCCCUCCUAAUCACCCUCGAGAAAGGACUGGGCGAGGAAUGCCACCAGUUGACCAAGGACGCUUGGGCAUGGGUCAUGAACUCCAUCGCGGCCGUCUGCAUCGCCGCCGCCAGGGAAGACACGCGAGCCCCGGCCGGAGGAACAAAGCUCCCUAUCAAGAAGAACACGGCGGCAGCGGCGGUGGCGGUGGCAGUCGCGGUCGCCGUGGGGGUUCUUGUGUUGUGGAAGUAA